AGCUAUUUCUUGCGGAAGACGAAGAAUACCAAGAAAAGGCGUACUAGCAUUUCUUAGCAUUUCUUAGCAUUUAGCAAUUCUUUGUGAAAGGUAGAAAGAGAGAGAAAGAGAGGGAUUCGGCAUUAUUCAUUAUACAGAAAUUGCAGAAUGAGGCAGUUAUGACUUGGGAAUACAGCCUUUAGGAUUGAACAUCUACUCCAAUUAUAGUUUUAUAAAGUAUUGUUGUGUGCCUCUAAGAAAAAGUCAUAAUUAAAGAUGUCUCGAAGAUAUGAUAGCCGUACUACAAUCUUUUCCCCUGAGGGUCGUCUGUACCAGGUUGAGUAUGCAAUGGAGGCCAUUGGAAAUGCAGGUACUGCAAUCGGAAUACUGUCCAAGGAUGGAGUAGUCUUGGUCGGUGAAAAGAAAGUCACAUCCAAACUCCUGCAAACCUCAACUUCCACUGAGAAGAUGUACAAGAUUGAUGAUCAUGUUGCAUGUGCUGUGGCUGGAAUUAUGUCUGAUGCCAAUAUCCUGAUAAAUACUGCCAGGGUCCAAGCUCAGCGUUAUACAUAUGCAUACCAAGAGCCGAUGCCUGUAGAGCAGCUAGUUCAAUCCCUAUGUGAUACUAAACAAGGCUACACACAGUUUGGUGGUCUCCGGCCCUUUGGUGUUUCAUUUUUGUUUGCAGGAUGGGACAAAAAUUUUGGUUUCCAGCUCUACACGAGUGACCCUAGUGGAAAUUAUGGUGGUUGGAAAGCUGCUGCAAUUGGUGCAAACAAUCAAGCAGCACAGUCAAUGCUUAAACAAGACUACAAGGAUGAGAUCACAAGGGAGGAGGCAGUCCAGUUAGCACUUAAGGUUCUCAGUAAAACCAUGGAUAGCACUAGUCUUACUUCAGACAAACUUGAAUUGGCCGAGGUCUUCCUCUCACCUUCUGGGAAUGUGAAGUAUCAAGUUUGCUCACCUGACUCUUUGAGCAAGUUACUGGUGAAGUUUGGUGUGACGCAACCAGCCGCAGAGACUUCUUAAAUCUUUCUAGGCCUCGUUGUGAUAUUCGUGAGGUCGGACUCUAUUACUCAAGUUAUUCUCAUGUGGAAAUUGGGUUAAGGAACCAUGUUAUCAUGUUAAUGAUACUUGAUGUUUAGUCUUUCAAAUGUCUUUUAUCUCGUUUUUCUUGCGUUUAAAUUGCUUGCUGUUUACAUAAAUGUACGGACAUGGUUUUAUAUUGGCGUUUUAUUCUCAAGCAGGUAUUUGUGAUUUAGAAGUAAA